AUGACUUGCAAAUUGCAAGUACCGCUGAAGUUGAAACUCCAGAGCUCCACAGGGCUAAGGUCUUCCAGGGCAUUGGAUCUUAUGGCAAGCCCUAGUGAUCAAGAUUUAUGUUUCUUCUCAGGGCUAAUGCCUUUCAAUGCAUUGGAUCGUAUGGCAAGACCAAGUCAAGAUAUAUCUUCUAAGGCUAACCUUUCCGCCAUGUCUGAGAAGUUGAGAUUCUCAGGGCUAACUGCUUCCAGUGCAUUGGAUCGAUUCCCGAGCUUCACUGGGCUAAGGGCUUCCGAUGCAUUGGAUCGUCUAAAUGUAUUUCAUAGUCAAGAUGAUCUAUUUUCUGAGCAAUCGGAGGCCAUAAUUCUAUCUCGAGAGGAAGCUCCGAGACUUGGCCAUAACUUUGUUGGGACUGAGCAAAUACUGUUGGGUCUAAUCGGGGAAGGGACUGGAAUCGCUGCAAAGGUUCUUAAAUCCAUGGGAAUCAAUCUUAAAGACGCUCGUGUAGAGGUGGAAAAGAUCAUUGGAAGAGUUAGUGGAUCCACGGAUAUCCCAUUUACUCCUCGUGCCAAUCGAGUCCUUGAGUUUUCACUAGAGGAAGCUCGACAACUCGGGGAAGGUGUUGCAGCUCGUGUCCUGAAGAGUUUGGGUUUAGAUCUUGUUGACGUCCGGACGCAGGUUAUACUUAUGAUCGGGGGAAACCAUGAAGUCACAUCAAAAGAUAGUGGAGGAACCAUCAAAACGCCAACACUAGAGUAUGGGACUAACUUAACUAAACUAGCAGAGGAGGGUAAACUAUAUCCGGUUGUUGGAAGGGAACCAUUGAUCGAAGGAGUGGUCGAGAUAUUGUCUCGAGUAACUACGAACAACCCUUGUCUAAUUGGAGAACCCGGAGUUGGUAAGACAGCAAUAGCUGAAGGACUCGCACAGCUAAUUGUCAGUGUUUAUGAGCCUAUAACACUUAAGGGGAAGACGGUUAUAAGCAUUAAUAUGGGUCGUCUGAAAUUUCUGGAACAUCUCCAAGAGGGAAGGGUAGCCACGAUACUUUCUUGA